AUGCCUUUCCAUGACCUGAACCUUCCCUACACCUCGAAUCAUGCAGAAUUGUCGCACACUCUAGCUUUUCACGCUGAACUCGGCUACUCAGUCGUCGCUAUUUCGAUAUCUGUUGCCGGAAAGCUACCUGCUAUACCUCAGGCGAUCCCCGUCUCGUCUCUUACCAUACCGAAAUCGGUGUCGACCGUCCUCACGCGACUGACCAUCACCAUAUCCGACGCGACUCAAAACCACCGCCUUGCCUCUUUCCAACCUCACUACUCCUUGAUUGCGCUGCGCCCGACCUCUGAAAAGGCCCUGCAACUCUGUUGCAGCUCGCUAGAAUGCGACCUCAUCUCUCUCGAUCUCAGUCAGCGUCUGCCGUUCAUCCUGAAAUUCAAGACCGUUGCGUCGGCUUUGCAGCGCGGCGUCAGGUUCGAGAUCUGUUAUUCGACGGGUGUUCAAGGUGGAAAUAGCGAUGCUCGCAGAAAUUUGAUCAGUGGAGCGACGGCAUUAAUACGCGCGACAAGAGGCCGAGGUAUUGUAUUGAGCAGUGAAGCGAAGAAUGCCCUUGGAGUGCGAGGACCCCAUGACGUGGUCAACUUGGCGCACCUAUGGGGACUGGGUCAGGAGAGGGGGAAGGAAGCAAUUUGCGAAGAGCCUGAAAAGGUCAUAAAAUUGGCUAAACUCAAGAGGACCAGUUUCCGCGGUGUCAUCGAUGUGGUCGAGAGUGGAAGGGAGCAUUCUGGAACAAAACUUGUGGGAGAACACAAACAGACCUCUUCUCAGCAGCCCACUGAGAAAGAGUCCAUUCUCUCCAAUGACAUGAAACGGAAAGUUUCCAUCACCUCCAUCACCGCAACAUCAACCAAUGAGACAUCGGCCACGGAAGACAAACCACAGUCAAAACGCGAAACGAGAAGAGCGAAGAAAGCGAGACUGAAUGGUAAUGCAGGGCCCGACGGCACUCAUACUAGUGCCCAGGAUACCUCUGCUUCGGAUUUUCCUAUCAAGCAUGAGACACUCGGGGGUAAUAAUAAAGUGUCCCCGAAGAAAAGCUAA